AUGGUUAGGAACCUAAAGAACAUGAUAACUCGUGGGUUCGGCCUUGUGUGUCUGUUCAUGACCGUUAACAAAGCCUACGCUAGAGAGUUUGCGGUCGGUGGUGCAAAAGGCUGGACCAUCCCUACCGGCUCUCAAGUUUACAGUCAAUGGGCAGAACAUAGCAGAUUCCAAAUCGGCGACUCUCUACUGUUCGUCUACCAACCAAACCAAGACUCAGUGCUCCAAGUCACAAGAGAAGCUUACGAUAGCUGCAACACGGAUGCACCAACCGCUAAAUUCACCGAUGGCAAAACCUCCUUCGCACUAACCAACUCUGGUCCAUGCUAUUUCAUCAGCGGAAAAAAAGACAACUGCAACAAGAACGAGAAGCUUGUGGUCAUCGUCAUGGCUGACAGAAGCGGCAACAACAACAACACCACAACAUCGUCACCUCCAUCUCCAGCCCCAGCUCCCUCUGGUGAAUACGCUCCUUCUCCACCUGUGGAGGGAGCCCUUGAGCCCCCAGCAGCUACGCCUACUCCAUCUCAAGAAACUCCAAAAAACGCAGCUUCUCCAUCUUCUUCUUCCUUUGUUGCUGCUCUUCUUGGAGCUGCUCUUGCUUCAAAUCUGUUCCUAUAGUAAGAAGCUUCUCUUUUGUCUUGUGUCUUAACUCUGUAACGAGUCUUUUAACUUUCUGUUUUCACCCAAGCUUAUGUUAGUGGGUGUUUGUUGUUUGAUUCUUACCCAUUUGUUUCUCAUGUAAACGAAUAAAAAAGCAAAAUUUCUUUCUC